AUGAGCGGCCCCUCCAAAACCCUCUUUUCCGGCUGCUGCCGCCGCCGAGACACCCGGGAAGCGGCUGUUCCGCAGCCUGACGGGCACCCCGGGGACCGGCGCUGGGACUGUCCCCCCCGCCCCGAGUGGCAGCAUCCCUCAGGGAAGGUCACCCGCUCGCUCGUGAUCCUGCCCCAGGGCCUGGAGGAUGCCUGUCCCUUCCCCAUCAGCUGUAAUGCCACCAGGCACAUCCCCACCCAGCAUCUUAAGGCCCGAGCGCCGCUGGAGGUUGCAGCCCCGCGGGCAGAGCACCGAGGAACGCGCCCCGCUUGCCUCCACGUCAGCUCCUGUUACCCUGGAAGGGAUCAUACCCUGCCCCUCUGCAUCACUGGGCUUCCAGAGCCAGACCAAGAGCUGGCGAGAACAGCACAGGUGCCUGCAAGGACGUGGCCACACCACAGACGUGCUCCCCAGGACGGGCAGGGCCCCUGCUCCCAAUCCAUCACUGCAGCACCCCGAGUGUCCCCGCUGGCUGCCCUGAAGGAACCACUCUCCCUCCACCACCGCUGCUCGUUUUACCAGCCUGGGCCCUUUAGGUUUGUGCCUUCUGCCUCACCAGAAAAAUAUGUGCAGGAGUGUGGGAUGGGCGGAUGCUGCACCAGGGAGGUGCUGCUGCUGCUGUCGUUUGUUGCCCUUUGCCCAGAGAAGGUGAGCAGGGACAGGGAGCCCCACUGCACUUUCCUUUCCUCCACCCUGGGUCUCAUCAGCACCGAGGCUGGGAGGCAGUGGAAAACCAAAGGCUCUCCUUUGGCUCUCCAGGGCUGGUUAAUGGGUGCUGUGACCCACAGCCGCCCUCUCUCCCCCCCGGGGCACAGCCCGAGCUGAGAACUGCAAACUUGGCUCACACUGUGGGUAAACCAGCCCAGGUUUGCUCUGCCUGCAGGCAACACCCAGAGGCCUUUGAUGUCAUUAGGGAAAUUGUACCUAUGAGAUUUCAUCACCGGGAAGUUAUGGGCCUCCCAGGCCAGAGGCCAUCAAUCCCAGCACAGCCCAGUUACAGCCAGGGACUCCCAUUAAAUGUAAAAUUAGAGCAGUUCCACUGGCGAGGGCCCCUGACUUCUCUCUGCUAGCUGGGGCUCUGCUCAGACACCUGGGGAGAAGGGGGAGCAUUUGCAGCUUCCUAAUUAGCCCAAUUACUGCUGCAGAUCAAAAGUCUUUUGGUGGGGACAUGGUGGCACCCGGAGCAAAGUGACUGCAGCUUGUUCUGGUUUCCCAAGAGCGGUUGUUGAGGGGGUUAUUUUAGAUUCCCAGCACUGAACUACCCCUCCAGUAAGAAAAAAAAAAAUCCAUAUAUCACAGUGCAGAUAUACAGAUAGAUGAUAUAAAUUUUUGUAUAUAUUUACCGCUUAUCCACGUGCAGUUUUGGGGGUAUCUUUGGGAACUUUGCCAUAGAGCUGGGACCUAAAUCUCUUGCAUUUUCCAAAAAAAAAGCUUAUGGAAGAUACCGACGGCAAAGAGCGACAUGAAGCCAGGAGGUGUCCCGGAGGGCAGCGUGGAGCCCAGCAGGGCAGGGAGAGGAGGUUCCCAGCCUCUCCCACCACAUCCCAAGCCCCCGGGGUCCAGCGGGCUCUGAUAAAUCCCGGCUCACGAAGAAGCACUGAAGCCGGCCAAGAGAGCGAUUCGCAGCUUGCACUCGUGCAAGAAUUUAAUGCGGCGGGAGCAGAGGAAAGCCGUGGAGCUGCCGGGACCUCGGUGUGCCGAGCUGGGCAGCAUCGGGCGCGCCGAGAGCCCGCAGCGAAACCACCGCGCCCUCGGCACCGCCAGAGCCCUCCACCGAAAAAGCGGCAGUUUGGGGCUUGUUGGGGCAUGAAAAUCCGAGCGCUCCCCCAGCGUGCGGCUGCCGGGGCUCUCCCCGCCUGCCUCCGGCGCCGGCGAGGCGUGGGCGGCGAGCGGAGCGCG